CCACCCCCAAAGUGGAUAUUUGGAGCUCAUUCUCCGGUCAUCGGAUUUUCACCAUCCUCGAGCGUGGAGUUCGUCCCUGUUUUCCCACCUGUGUACGCAUCUACGGUCCCGCCUCAUGCUGGGAAAAACUGGAUCGAUAAAAGGCUACCCAGCUGCAAAAUCUAUUUGAAUAAUGCAUUUGCUCUGGAUUCGGCGUGGAUACAUCCUGAGGAGUCAAGGCUCUUCCAGGGAAAUGAGAAGCCCCUGUUAAUGACAAAUCAAGUAGCCAUGGCCAUAGCCAGGCCAGCUGCUGCCUCCAGGCCUCUUCCCACAGUGGUGCUGGCACCUCAGCUGAUACCAGGUGGUUGCCAGAACAGCCUUAAGCCAGUCGGGGGCAAUCAGACCCUGGCGCUGGCCGCCGCGGCCACCACCGCGGUGGUGUCGGUGGAGCCUGAAGCCCCGCAGGGACCGUCGGCCACGAGCCACAUCCAGCCCUGCCACGUGCUGACCUUCUCGCCCAUCAAAAUUCCGGUUUUGGCUUCGCCUUUUCCAGGUUCUGCCUCCAGGAUGGAUGCUCAUGUGGGUCCUUUGAUGCCGACGCAAGUCACCCGGGUAACUGCUGUGUCUGCACCGGCCGUGACCUUCAUGGCAACCAAUUUGAUGGAUCAGACAUUAACAGAUAAUGGCAAAGAAUCGAGUAGAUCCUCCUGCCCACCGACCUUGAUUUUACACGCGGAGAGGAAGAGUGCCCCCGUGGAGAGCGACGGCGAUAAGGAUCAUUCUUUUAAACUAGUAAAUGAGGAUGACAGCACAUCAAACGGCAACAAGCCCGUGGCAUCCACUCCAGUGCCAGGAUCACCAUGGUGUGUAGUCUGGACUGGAGAUGACCGGGUCUUCUUCUUCAACCCUACAAUGCAGCUGUCAGUCUGGGAGAAGCCGGUGGACCUGAAGCACCGCGGCGACAUAAACCGGAUCAUCGAGGAUCCUCCUCACAAGCGCAAGCUGGAAGCCGCAGCAACAGAUAAAUGUGUUAGUUCUUGUCCAGGGGAUGAAAAUGAUGAUCUUAGCAUCAAAACUAAGAGAAAUAAAACAGAAGAUUCCCAAGGUGAUGAGCAGGGGAAGGCUGAAACGGAGGAGAGAAAUGAGGAACCAUCAGCACCUCAGAUCACGCCCUCCCUAGAGGAGCGCAUCACUCAUUUCCGAGACAUGCUUCUGGAGAGAGGGGUCUCAGCAUUUUCUACAUGGGAAAAGGAGUUACACAAAAUAGUGUUUGAUCCACGCUACCUUCUGCUAAAUUCAGAAGAACGUAAACAGAUAUUUGAACAGUUUGUCAAGACCAGGAUCAGAGAAGAGUACAAAGAGAAGAAAAAUAAAUUGUUGUUAGCCAAAGAAGAAUUUAAAAAGCUCCUUGAAGAAUCCAAGUUAUCGCCAAGAACAACUUUUAAAGAAUUCGCAGAGAAAUAUGGAAGAGAUCAGCGGUUUCGGCUUGUGCAGAAGAAGAAGGACCAAGAGCAUUUUUUCAAUCAGUUCAUACUUAUUCUUAAAAAGAGGGACAAAGAAAACAGGAUAAGGCUACGGAAAAUGAGAUAAAACCUCCUGAAACUGGCAAUAAAUACACAAGUCCAUGCUGUGACUGCAGUAAGAAAUUCAAAUGAAGGCUAAAGCGUUCGGGGUUAAACAGCUUGACGAGGAAGCGGAUAUCCCGGAGAAAAACUUUCUCUAAGCGGAGUUUAUUGAACAUGUAUUGAAUUUGUGAAGGUUGUUCUGCAGGAAUCUGAAGGAUAUUUUGUUCUCAAAGAAUUAAUGUUUCAUAUUGAAGCUCUCUUUUGUACAACAUCCAGAGUUUGAUGCAUUUCUAAUUGCCAUGAUAUGUCAAUCCCUUAAUUGUUUUAAUUAUGCAAAUUACUUGUAAUAUACACAAAUUAUGAAUCCAAUGCAGAUUUGUAAUUAAGCAGAAGCAGAUGCCAUCCAUAACAAUCUCAAGAUAUUUUCAUCAUUUAGGGGAAUUAUCUAAUGCAAUCUUCGGCAACUUUAUGCAUUAACAUAAAGUGUUUAGAGGCGCGGUGGCGUGCAGGAAUUCAUCACCCGGUGUUCAUACGUCUCUGUCCAGUUCUCUGAGUAGUAGUAACAAGGUAUUAAUUGUUAAUCUUAGUGAAGAGUGUGAAAAUCUUGGCAUAUGUUCCAUAGGAAAACUCAUCUUUAAGUUUCAGAAAUCACUUCCUAAUGACCGUGAACGGUGCUUUCAGCCCCCCAGGCGACAGCAGCACUUCUCCGUCAGCUCUGAAAAGAAGUUAUUUUGUAAAACCAUCCCAGUAUGAUUUGGAUUACGUUACUGUAUGUGAAAAGUCUGCAUGAGAUUUUUCUCAUCAUAUUUGUAUAAAUAAAUAUUUAACUUUUUUAAU